CCUCUAAUAACCUGCUAAACCAAGAAACCGACGCAACUCCUGCUUAGUGGUGGGAACAGGAAACUCAGAAAUAGCAGUUAUCUUUGCAUCAACUGGCCGCACCUGACCCUGACCAACCUUCUUGCCAAGGUAUGCAACAGUGGCUUUGGCAAACUCACAUUUUGCAAGGUUCAAUGUGGGUGAAGCAUCUUGCAAACGCUGAAACACAGUAGCCAGAGUUUCCAUGUGGGUCUGCCAGUCAGCCGAGUAAACUACUACAUCAUCAAGAUAUACCUCACAGUGUGCCACCCCAGACAGCACAUGCUGCGUAAGCCGUUGGAAAGUGGCAGGGGCAUUGCGCAUGCCAAAGGCCAUGACUAUACUGCAUGAAACUGUCUGGGGUUACAAAGGCAGAAAUUUCAGAAGCACGUGCCGUUAAGGGCACUUGCCAGUAACCCUUUAGUAAGUCUAACUUUGUGACAUAACAAGCAGCUCCAACCCUAUCUAUACAGUCCUCUACACGGGGAAGAGGAAAAGAAUCAGGCCUUGUAGCAGCAUUGACUUUUCUAAAGUCAGUACAAAAGCGUGGUGUCCCAUCAGAUUUUGGCACCAACAAGCAUGGAGAGCUCCAGGCACUAGAACUGGGAACUGCUAAGCCAUGCUCCUGCAAAUACUUAACCUCCUUCUGCAUUGUAGCCCUUUUUGUGGGAUUCACACGAUAGGCGUGCUGCUUAAUAGGAGGACAGUCACCAACAUCAAUAUCAUGUUGUACUACAGUGGUUUGAGUUGGUACAUCAGAAAAAAGUGAGUGAUGAUUUUCAAUCAACUCAAUGAUGUCACUCUUAGCUGUCCCAGUGAGAUGAGACAGGUGAGUUUCUAAAUCACAGUUGGGAAUUCUUCAACCGAGUACACACAGCAGGGGAAUCUUGUAUCUCCAACUCAUCCUGAUGAGAAUUUGCAGGCAACACCACAGUUAAAGCUACAGGCAUAACCUUAGCUGAAGGAGAUGGAGGUACAGCUGAUUCACUAGUCCUAGCAACAUAGGGCUUCAGCAUGUUCACAUGGCAUACACGUGAUUUAUGACGCCUAUCAGGCGUACGGACAACAUAAUCUGUUUCACUCAGUUUUUUGUCAAUCACAUAGGGACCUGUGAACUUAGCCUGUAGGACUGAACCAAGAACAGGAAGGAAAACAAACACAGAAUCUCUGGGGUUAAACCUGCAUUCAAUAGCAGUCUUAUCAAAAUGAGCCUUCAUCUUAGAUUGUGAACUAGACAAUGCCUCUUUUGCUAAUGCACAGGCAUGGUGGAGACGCUCUCUGAAAGAGCUGACAUAGUCCAGCACAUUUUGACAAGGAUGGGAAUUACCAGUCAGCUGCUCACAUAACUUCAAUGGCCCACGAACUGUGUGGCCAAAUACCAAUUCUGCAGGGCUGAAGCCCAGGGACUCCUGAACAGUCCCUCGAAUUGCAAAAAGCAGAAAUGGAAUUCCUUCAUCCCAUUCUCUACCAGUUUCAAGACAAUAAGCACGCAACAUAGUCUUAAGGGUUUGGUGGAAGCGCUCUAGUGCCCCCUGGCUCUCUGGAUGAUAAGCGCUAGAGACCUGAUGUUUCACAGCCAACAUCUCCAACACCUGAGCAAACACUUUAGACAUAAAAUUGGUACCCUGGUCUGUUUGAAUGACCUUUGGCAAACCAAAAGUGGUACAGAACUUAAUUAGUUCUUUUACUACCACCUUGGCUUUGAGGGAAUGCAGUGGAAUUGCCUCUGGAUACCGAGUUGCAGCACACAUUAAAGUCAGGAGAAACUGGUGACCAGAUUUUGACUUGGGCAAUGGACCAACACAAUCAAUGAUAAGUCUCUCGAAUGGCUCCCCUAUAACUGGUAUAGGGUGAAGUGGAGCCUGUGGAACCACUUGAUUUGGCUUCCCAAUUAACUGACAUACGUGACAUGAUUGACAAUACUUUACAUCACUUUUUAAACCAGGCCAGAAGAAAUACUUCAAUAUGCGAUAAUAGGUUUUACUUAUCCCUAGAUUGCCAAACAAAACAUCAUCAUGAGCCAAACUCAGUAUCUGUGCACAGUAACCAACAGGGACAACCACCUGAUGUACAGUAUUGCACCCACUGUCCUCUUCAGCUAAGGGAGCCCACUUACGCAUGAGGAUAUCAUCCUCCCAGUAAUAAACCACUUGAGAAGCACCAAUUUUGUCUUUAGGUAACACUGCUGCAAUACACUUCGUUAAGGAAGGGUCAGCCUUCUGAGCUAAUGUCAGCUGCUUCCUACCUACUUUUAAUGGAGACUCAGACUGAUGACAAGAUGACAGGACUGGACAAAGAAACCUCAACAGUCUCUGCUGAAGUAGAUUCUGUAGCCUGUUUAGCUGCACUACACUCAGAAGUUGCAGAGGGACCCACAGACUGUAUGACUUCUUCCUGAGGUGCCAUAAAAAUUUCUGAAAGGUCAACCACAUCUUCAACUUUAUGUGCCUGAGCACGAGUUACAACACAAGCAGGAAACACUAUUGGCAUCUGGGAUAACUGAUCAGUUUGAACAGACUGAGUUCCAGCUGGGUUAUUUACAACAAUGGGUGCAGGAAACACCUCCCCACCUGCCAGAUCAUUGCCCAGGAUCAUAUUCACCCCCUCUACAGGAAGUUCAGGGCGAAUAGCUACUGCCACUGGGCCUGUAACCAAACCAGACUGCAAGUACACAACAUGCAAUGGGGCUUUAAGCCAUGUCAUUCCACAACCCCGCACUAAAGCAUGUUCACCUGUAGAAGUCUUUUCAGAGAGGGGCAGAACUCCCUCCACCAAUAAAGACUGAGCAGCUGCUGUGUCUCAAAAUACGAACCGGGACAAACUUUUCUGAAUCAGCGAUGGCUACUAAACCCUCCAUACGAAAAGGCGCAACGAUAUCAGGCUCAAACCCGUCCUCAGUGGACUCAAUGGGACAUUUUACUACACCAGACCUAUCUUUAGUGAACUGAUUGAUUGCAUUCUCCCCACUGGACAGGUGUGGUACUGAAGCUAAUAAGGCCACUGGCUUAGGAGCUUUCUGCUUUUUACUGAGAGCGUGACAGUCAGCUAUGAGAUGACCAAGCUUUUUACAAUAGAAACAGACCCUCUGAAAGCUUUCUGUGCUAGAAUUAGUAGCCUUUACAGCAGAACCUGAAGACCCAGGACCACCACUGUCAGCUUUAAAAUGAGGAAAAACACGGUUCCUAGUCUCACGAGAUUUAUCAUUAAAAGUGACCCUAUGAGCCAAGACAUACUCGUCAGCAAGUAUAGCAGCAGCCCCAACUGUGGACACUCGCUGCUCACUCAAAUAAGUCGCAACUGCUUCAGGAACACAAUUUUUAAAUUCCUCCACGAGUAUCAAGUCACAAAGUUGCUCUUUAGUUUCAACUUUCUGAAAUGUGCACCACCUAUUGAACAAGAUUUCUUUUUCUCUGGCAAAUUCAACAAACAUCUGCUUCUCAGUCUUUCGACAUCCUCUAAAAUGCUGCCUGUAAGCCUCUGGAACCAGCUCAUAGGCCCGCAAUAUGGCUGCUUUAACAACUUGGUAAUCCGCACUUUGGGUGAGUGUUAAUGAAGAAUAAACUUCAUGUGCUUUACCUGUUAAAACACAUUGCAGCAACAGGGUCCAGACAUUUUCAGGCCAGCCAAAUGUGGUGGCUACACGCUCAAAAUGUGAGAAGUAUUUCUCUACUUCUUUCUCCGAGAAAGGAGGCACCAAACUAAUGUUACGUCCAACAUCAAACCGUGGAGAAGGAGAACCUGUAGACUGCAGACCAGCUGACCUCAGUUCUAAUUCUCUCAUUCUCUCUACAUGUACCAAACGUAACCUCUCCAUUUCAAACUUCCUGUCUUCUUCUCUAGCUUUUGCCUCAAGCUCUAAUUGUUUAAUUUUUAACUGUAAGUCUAAUUCAUGUAAACGCACAGCAUGAACAUCCUGUGUUGACAACAGUACAUCUGUCUUAUUGUCAGAUACCUGAACAGAUUGACUUAAAUCUGAAUCCUCAGACUCACUCAAAAGCACUCCCUGUUCCACUAGUGCUGUAAUUAUCCUUGAUCUAAGCUCGUCUUUUGGAGAAAUUGAUGCAGCUGUGAUGUGAUAAUGCUUUGCAAUUGACAUCAACUGUGCUUUAGUACACUGAAAGAGCUGCCCUCUAGUAGGAGCUUCACAGAAGUUCUUCAGAUCAACAUCUAUACUGAAAUCAGAAUUAAGAAUGAGUUUGCUAAGGCUAAUAGUAGUACUGGGAAACCUAAGAAAUUUAAUAAACCACACACGUCAAACCAGCCCAACACAAUGUAACACAAUCACACAGAUAAGUGCCACAACACAAAGUGCAAUUAACCUCAAACUGGAAACAAACCAGCACAACUCCAUAUAACACUUCCACACAGAACCAGCAUUAUGAAACAAAGCGCAGUUAAUAUCACUACAAACCGACACAAAGCCAGAAGUAAGCAAUCAAAACUUACAAAAAACCACACUGGGCUGAUAACUCCAUAACUAUUCCCUGCACACAGUAUGGAAAUAGUAUGAUCACUGCCACCCUUAAAUGAGUCAAUACAACUUAAACACUAAACGCUACCCCUCCCCACAGGAAGAAAGUAGAUUACACAAAAUGUAGUCCCACAAACCAUGCGACUACAACAAAAACACCACUCACAAAAAUGCAUGAGCACCAGGGUUAUGAAUGUUCCAGAGGAACACAACUACAGCCUAGCAUUUAAACUACUGCGCGCAAAACAAAGUCCUCUAACUCACAACACACGGUGUGAGUGCAAACCCAGGCCAGUCCAUGACACCACAUGCUAUCACUGAUUGAGAAAUUGGCAUUCCUAAUUAACCUUCUCAAGAGCUUACCUGGUUUCCUCUCUACCUUUAACUUUUACCCUAUCUUACUAAAACCUAGCUAUCUUCGUCGGCUUUCCCGGGCACGCCAGGGGCCACCCCAGGGUUACCGCUCAAAAACAAUAAAGUGGUGAAGGUAACACCAACACCCACCGGCUGACUGAACCAGGUAAACUCAAAAAAAACCUUACCUCAUGUGGUGACACAUACAUGAACCCGCUGACUGGAAAAAAAACGUGAAAAACGGUCUAGGGGUAAAAAAAUAAACUGACCUACUUCAAUUGGACGAGCCCCCAUUAUGUUAUGACCGGCUCAGAGUCACAACAUAAAGGAGGACACAAAACCAGAUUGAAUGCAAAAAAAGAAGUAAUUUAUUAAUAAAAGGAAAAACAAGAAAAAAACAGCAAGAAGCUGUGUGGUCUGCUGGUGAGCUGAGGAAAAAGAAGUCAAGAGAGAGCAGCAGGAGCUGAGCCCUUUAUACAGGCCCAGCCCUUCACUUCCAACAGGUGGACACAAUCAGGCUAAUUAGCCCAUCAUCACAGCCCUGAAAGACAGGACAGUUAAGCAGGCAAACAAAAUAACACAUAACAAGCUGGCAUAGGCUCCAAGCGACCCGUGACCCCAGUGAGGAUAAAAGCGGGUUCAGAAAAUGAAUGAAUGAAUGAAUUGGGCCAUUUUGUAUUGUUGGAAUUAGAAGUCAUAUUGUGUUAACAAAAAUAAAAGUUAAUCUAUAGUGGUAACCCUUUAAGCACUAAAGUCACAAUAUUGUAACAAUGAAACAGGCACCUACAUCAAAAUUGAAUAUAAAAAAAAACCUCAAAAAACUCUGACGCCUAAAGGGUUAAUAGGCUUUUGAAAAAAAAAAAAAAAGUAUCAUGCUUUCAUAUGAAUGCAAACGUGUAAUUUUUUGCUCCUUACAUACUUGUAAAUAAACUGCUGUUUUAAGGCCUUUGAAGGUUUUUCAUUGUCGCUGUAAAAUAAAAAGAUCAUGAUUGUACAGAUUCAUGUUCAGUGUCAAAGUGCCUUUUCGACUUCAAAUUGUAUGUUUAUUUUUUAUUCAGGUAACGUACAGUAAGUAACAGCUUAUUCUUAAAUUGAGAAGGACAUUGAAAAGUUGAAUACUUCCUUUGUAAUUUAAUUCACUUAUGUCUACUGUGAUGUUCCAUACGGGUUUCUGAACUGCCUUUUUAGAGCCUGUAGUUUGUAAUUUUGCCCUCUGACAGAGAUACACUGGCUUUUUAUGUUUGUCCUACACUUCAUUUUCUUGUAGAUUUCACUUCCCCAUAAAUUAUAAUUACUUUGGCUGGGCUCAAACAUCUCCUGUAGACUGUAGGGGAGCAUAUGGUCAUGCCAACACGCCUACAGUUUGUGAAACAAUUCGUGGGACAUUGGAUGAUGCUGUUACAACAGUUGUUUUAACAGACUUUAACCACAAAGAGGAACAUCACUGACAGUGCCUCAUCUAGUCAAGAGAAAAAUUCUCACAACACACCAUCCUGCUGAUCAGAAAUGAACAAUGACAGCUCUGGACUUCAUGGUUUUGGUUUGUGUUUCUGUUCUGCUGUUUGAAGGUGGAUUCAGUGUUGAACACAUCCAUGUUUUCUACCAUUCUGGUCAAAUGGCCAUAUUACCCAGGGGUUCUUCUCCACCCUCAACAUGUUCUAGGGUUGGGUGGUUUGACAAGAACAACCAUCAAAUUCCGUUUCAACAGGGAAAUGGUCAGAGCCCACCCACAGAUGUCAGGUUUCAUCUGUCCUCUAACUGUUCUCUGGUCAUUAACGACGUCUCUGGUAAGGAUGCUGGUAGAUACGUUUAUCGUCCUGACGAACUGUUUAAAAAUGGAGACACAUCUUUGUACCUGAACAUCCUGACAGUCUCUGAAUCUCAUCCAGACGCUGAUCCAAAUAGAGAUGGAAACGUCGCAUUACAGUGCUCUCUGAACAGACCCAGGUCAUUCCAUUGUCCAGAGAACAGUUUGCGCUGGGAGAAUGAGGACAGGUUUGAGCUGACGGGCACACGCAGUUCCAUCAGACAAGGAAACUGUGUCUCUACUGUAACUGUGAAACGUCCAAGUGGACACAACAGGACAUACACCUGCCAGUUUGUGGAAAAGAAUCAAAUACUGAUAUCUGCAGACCACACAGUUGUCUUAAUCACUGAGAGAAAAGACGGUCAGACAGAAAAUCCAGAAACAAUCCUCUAUAUUGGUGCAGCAGUCGGGGUGGUGGUGGUGCUGGUCGUCAUCACUGUUAUUGUCAAAAUGAGAUGCAGGAAGAGAGACAAAGACACAGCCAAACAGACAGAUGGCUUUCAAAACCAAAACCAUCCCACUGCUGAGCCGGAGAGCAAUCUGACAUAUGUAAUGUUAGAUCAUAAGAAUACUGGUGCCAGUAAAGAGGUGAGAAAAGAAGAUGCAGUGACGUAUUCUACAGUCAAGACUCCUGUGAAGACAGAAACAGACAAUGAUGCCGUCUACAGCACCGUCAAAUAGAAAUAAAUCACGGGGAAAGUCUUUAUGUCUGUGGAAGAUUUCAGCUGCAAAGUGUAUGCAGUACACACAGGAAGUGGAGCAAGACUUUAUCAGCAACAUUUCUUUUCACAGUAAUCAAAACAUGGAGCUAUGUUCACAUUUUCCAGCUAAAACAUAACAUUUUCUACUAAACAAAAUGCUGAAGAGCAGUUUCUAUUGUCAGUUUUUAACCCAAACUGGUAGGUCACUGUCCAAAUAAACCAGAAUAACAAAAUGAGUUGAGAUAAAAAAUAGAUUUUGGGUGGUAUGUGUGGGAUUGUUUGCCUCAUUUGUUCUAUUCAGAUUUUUUUUGCCAUUUUGGCCAUUUUGUAUUGUUAGAAUUAGAGGUCAUAUUGUGUUAACAAAAAUAAAAGUUAAUCUAUAGUGCUAAUCCUUUAAGCGCUAAAGUCACAAUAUUGUAACAAGAAACAUAAUUGAAUGAAACAGACACCUACAUCAAAAUUGAAUAUUAAAAAAAACCUAAAAAAAAAAAAAAAAAAACUCUGGUGCCUAAAGGGUUAAUAGGCUUUAAAAAAAAAAACAAAAAAAAAACCCAAAACAGAAUCAACCUUUCAUAUGAAUGUAAAUGUGUAAUUUUUGCUUUUUACAUACCUGUAAAUAUACUGCUGUUUUAGGGCCUUUGAAGGUUUUUCAUUGUCGCUGUAAAAUAAAAGAUCAUGAUUGUACAGAUUCAUGUUCAGUGUCAAAGUACCUUUUUGACUUCAAAUUGUAUGUUUAUUUUUUAUUCAGGUAACGUAAGUAAUAGCUUAUUUUUAAACUGAGAAGGACAUUGAAAAGUUGAAUCCUUCCAUUGUAAUUUGAUUCAUCUAUGUCUACUGUGAUGUUCCAUAUGGAUUUCUGAACUGCCUUUUUGAAGCCUGUCGUUUGUAAUUUUGCCAACAUCAAAAAUGUUAAGAUGGACCAGCUACAGGAUUUGUACCUGCAUUGGCUCUGUUUUGUAGUUUUGUUUUGUUUUUUAACAUUUCAUGUAUUAAAAACAUUAAAUUAUUGCACUUGCA